AUGGCACUGUUCUCGAAGAUCUUCAACUCUUCGCAUAUUGCUCCUGCCAAGUAUUUGGCAUCAUGCUAUGCAACCGCCGCUUCUACAACAAAUCUAAAAGAGGCAAUUGCGCAAAAAAUUCCCGCCCACAACAAGAAGGUGCAGGAGUUCCGAAAGCAGCAUGGCGAAACUGUUCUGCAGAACAUCACUGUCAACAUGAUUUAUGGGGGUAUGCGAACUAUGAAGGCAAUGGUAACGGAGACAUCAGUGUUGGAUCCAAUGGAGGGCAUACGAUUUCGUGGCUAUUCCAUUCCGGAAUGUCAGAAAUUACUGCCAAAAGCACCGGGUGGUGAGCAACCGCUACCGGAAGGAAUUUGGUGGCUCCUUUGCACCGGUGACGUUCCAAAUGAAAAUCAGACAGCUGCAAUUAGCAAGGAAUGGGCCGAGAAUGCGGAUCUUCCGCAUCAUGUGGAGCAGAUGAUUGGCGCAUUUCCAAAGAAUCUGCAUCCGAUGUCCCAGUUCGUUGCUGCCAUUGCUGCAUUGAAUUGUGAUAGCAAAUUUGUUCAGGCCAGUUUUUACACCUCUUUUCGUUGUAACUGCUUCAAAACUGAAAUCAUAAAUUCAACUAAUUCGAUCUAA